AUGUGGCCCGCCGAGGAGGGCAACGCGUGGGCAGGCUUCCGCGGCUUCUUCGACACGGCGCUCAGCGCCGCCAUCGACGGAUACUCCGCAAUCUUCGUCUUCGUCUUCCUGAUGCAAAUGAUCGCGCUGGCUGACCUCAUGGCCAAGGGCAUCAAGGACUCGUUCACCUGCCAGUUCUUCACGUGGCUCUUUGGCUUCGUCAUCUUUUUCGACGAUUACUCCAACACGCAGGUCGUCGGCGCGUGCAUGCUGUCGGAGAAGCUGGCUUUCACCGUCGACUGCACCGCCUCGCCGAUCGGGACCGGCAUCUGGGGCAUCAAGGCGUCCGUCAUGUCCUACGGCAAGAAGGCCCCGGGUACCAAGACAGAGGCCGCGUGA